UCGGUUUUAAUGCCGCUGGGGGGACACUACAUAGGGUUUUCUCUCUUGGAAAAUAGAUGUAAGCAAAGGCUAUUUCAUUCAAAGUGAAGAAAAAAAAGUGUUGCUGCAUUUGGUUUCAUUAUGUCUGAUAAAAAUGGAGAUAACUUUCGAAAUGGACGUCGUUCUAGAGACGCUAGUUCUCAAUCUGAUGAUAGUAGCGAUGAUUCCGAUCAGGAUAACGGAAUGCGCAUUGGGGAAGAGUAUCAAGCAGUUAUCCCAGAGUAUACACCAGAUGCAAAAUAUGAUGGAAAACCUGAAGCUAUGUUAGUGUGGGCACCAUCAAACAAUUUAUCAGAUGCUAAAGUGGAUGAAUAUAUUCGAAUAGCUAAAGAUCUGCAUGAUUACAAUAUGGAGCAAGCUUUAGGAAUGUUGUUCUGGCAUAAGCACAAUAUUGAUAGAGCUUUGUCAGAUCUGCCUAAUUUUACACCAUUCCCUGAUGAGUGGUCUGUUGAAGAUAAAGUACUUUUUGAACAAGCAUUUGGGUUCCAUGGUAAAAGUUUCCAUAGGAUUAAACAAAUGUUGCCAGAUAAACCAAUAUCAGCACUUGUCAAAUAUUUUUAUUCUUGGAAACGCACUCGUUCCAGAUCAAGUGUCAUGGAUCGCCAAGCGAAAAGGCUGGGAAAUGGUGGAGAAAGUGAGGAAGGUUCAGGAAAUUCUUCUAAUUCUGACGAGGAAGAGAAAAGUAAAGAAAAUAAAGAUAAAAAUGGCUGCAUCAAUUGUGGAGUGAUCACCUCACAGUUACAUGUGACACCUAAAGGAUCUCUCUGUCAUAGUUGCUAUCAAUAUUGGAGGAGAACUGGUGUAAUGCGAUCAGCUGGUCCAAAGCGACAUGACUCACAGACCACAGGAAGACAUAAUGCCAUAAAACAUAAACGCAAGCCACCGAAAGGCAUGUAUUUAGAUCAAAAUGAUCUAUUAGCCAUGGUGUCUGGUCCACCAAAUCAGCCUGAAGCUAUACUGAAAUCAUUAGACAGUGAACUUAUUUCUUUAAAAAGAAUGGUCCAGAACAACAAACAGAUGCUCAGCCAACAGAAGCAUAAGCUCAGCUCAGGGUUAGAUGAUUUCAAACCUCCUGAGUCUGGCUUCAGAAUCAAUGCACGUUGGACCAAUGAGGAAUUACUUCUUGCAGUCCAAGGUGUCAGAAAAUAUGGAAAAGACUUCAAAGCUAUAGCGGAGGUGAUUGGCAACAAGACUGAAGCUCAUGUUAGAAGUUUCUUUGUUAACUUUCGUCGCCGAUAUAAUUUGGAUGAAGUCUUGGGCGAGUAUGAGGCUGAGCAUGGUAAAUCAGACUGGUCAAAAAACGAAAAGGGAAAAGAUGAAGAAGAUGAUGUUAAAGAAGCAGAAAUGAAGAUGGAUGUAGAUGCCUCUGAAUCAUUGGCCAUGGGGAAAGCAAGCACACCCCCAGACAAAACAAUUGUUGACAAUCAUAAUGUUUUGAAAUCUUCCAAUGCAGGGAUGAAAGAUUCAGGAGAUGGACCAGUUCCGGCCAGUGUAUCUAAGAACACAGUAGAUCAACCAGAAGCAGUAGAUGCCACAUUGGUUACCAUGGUGACUGAAAGUGAAAGCUCUUUAGCAACAGCUGCUCAAUCAGUGACAGUUACAAGUGGAGCAAUACAUUAACACUUGUUGACUUGCUUCCAGUGAUGGCAUUUUGGGUGGGGGGAAAGAAGACCAGACCAUUAAAAAAAAAGGUUGUUUUACAAUUAUGAUUUGUAGGUUCAUUGACAUUAUCAGACUGUGACUGAUGUGAUUUUAGAAUAAAUGUCCACUAUAUGUGUAAAUAUUUAUUCAAAAUUAUUCUUUACUCGUGUGAAGACUUCUGGCUACAAUGUCUUGUUACAAAGUCUAAUUAUAUAAAACUUGUUAUUUUAAACAAAAUAGUCAGCUUGGUAGUGACUAUGUACGUGGUGUUAUGUACCUGUAACAAUGUCAUACCUUUUUUUUUUUAAAGAAUGAAUUUUUAUACAAGUAAUGGAUUUUAAGUGAAUUAAAAAAUUUGUUUGAAAUAUUGUUAAGUAUCAUUAAUAUUUCUAAGGCCCUUUGAACUACUAUGUUGCUAUAAUUCUUCUUGACCUUGCAUGGAAUAAUUCUAGAAGGAAGCACAAAAAUAACUAUUUUUUCCUUUGUCUUUGGAAUAAUCAGGCAUGAUACAUUGAAAUUCAGAGGAAUUAGGAAUAAUGUAAUGUUUAAUCUGGUCUAUGGCAACACCAACCAAGAUGUGAACCCAAACUUUUUUUUUUCAAUUAUUUGCUCUACUGAAUUCUUGGUACAAAAGUUUCAAUUUAUAUAAUUUUCUAUGGCUAUCCACUAAUUAGUCUUAAGUUAAAGCUGAAAAAUACUUUGACAACUUUUAUAUAACAUAGAUCUACUGCUCGGAAACUUGUGUUCAGUUUAUUUCACGGGCAUACAUAAUGGAAUUUAGGGUACACAGGUUGGGGAUCAAAGGAUUAUUCAUAUCAAGUUUUAUUAGAAGAAUCAAUACACAAAAAAUAUGCUUAGAACAUUCGUAACUAUGUCUUUAGUUGUAUGGUCAAGCAUUAGACUGCACAUCUUAUGGUCUCUGAGAGUUGUGAUCCUAGUGAUGGUUACAUAACAACUUCACUCAUUAACUUGCAACAGAAAUGGGUGAACCUUGUUUCUCCAGCUUUAAACUUUAUUCUUUUUAUUGAUUUGUGGCAUAAACCUUUGGCUGGUGAAUUGAAGUAAAUAUCGACAGGAACAUUUUAAAUUCAAGAUGGGCUGCAUUUAUCUAGCACUGGAACUGGACUAGCGUGCACUGAGCCUGCUGUAGCAUUGUGUUUUGCGAUAGAAAGAAUAUAAUACGGUUGUCAGGAGAGAUGCAGCUGUAAACAAUGAACCCAUAGGUGUGAUCUUUUUAAUUAUAGCUUCAGCAUUGAGAAUUAUAGGAAUUUUUCUCUUGACUUCAAAGUUUAAUUAUUUCUGACAGUUUAAUUAUGAAAAUCUAAAUUUCUGAUGGAAAGGGAUUUCCCCUUGCACAAAAUUUGUAAUAAUCAGAACAGCAUUCGGUGUGCAGACAUUUGUUUUAAUUGAUGGUUGAUGUUAAGCUUUGUUCAUUCACUUUUGUUAACAUAAAUCUUAAUACUGGUAUUACAUGAAGUCCUUUUUUUUUUUUUAAAGAAAUGUCCACCUUGUUAAGUAUUUAUGUUUUAGCAGAUAAUUCACCUAGGUUAACACGACUAAGAUUCCCAUGCUCAAGAGUUUGUUCCUUGAUAAAUUAGUCUGUAUACAAAAUGGUGCAUAUUUUGAAAGUUAGAAGUUAGGAUCACUAUUGAUUAGUGAUCUUGUGUGUUGUGGAUGGUUCACUAGUAAUGGUUAAAAUUUUGUUGGUUUGGCUCACUAUUUAAAUAGUGACCUUAUGCAUUACUGAUUCUGUAGGUAAAAGUGAUCCAUUUUGUGAAAGGUUAACAAAUGUGAUUCUUGUAUGAAAGUGAUUGCCCUGAACUGUGUUGCUAAAUGUAAACAAAUUCUGUUAUUUUUAAAUAUCAGAUGACUAUUUAUUGAAAACUGAUAACUGUGACGUUGGUGUACUUUUAUUUAUCAAGUAUGCUUUGAAUAAAUCUCUAAUAAUUGUUUGCUUUUUUUUUUAUUCACAUUUUAAUGUAUUGGUGCAUUAUGGACAGAGAUUUUCAAAACACUAAAUACAAGUUUGAUCUGUCUCUCUCUCUGAUAUCUCAGCUGAUAAUUUCAUUUUAAAUAGUGUGAAAAUAAAAGGCUUUUAAUUCAAAUUUAAAAGUGACUUAUUGACAAUAUAGUCAAUUAAGUGGCUUCCAACUUUUUGAAACAUUGCUUAGGUAGUUGAUUAGCAUAGUUAACUAGAAUACAAGGUCAUGGUGUCUCCUUAUGUGGAAUAAAGGUAGAAUGCUAAGCUAGUGUUUUUUUGUUAAAAUAAUUAUAGUUGCCAUUGGUAUAAGUGUUAAAAUAUUCUAAGUAAAUUAUUAAGUUUACUCUGUAAAAUUAUAUGCUUUGGUUUGCAUGAAAACUGUUAUUUAUAGAUGGAUAUAUUUCAGGUGUAUGCAGUGUUUAUCUAUUUAAAAAAAAAAAGUAAUCUAGUAACAUAAAUGUCUGCUGUAAAUUAAUCAUGCUUUAUUCUUUUGUAUAUAUAUGUCAGUGUCUUGACAUGCUAGGUUUUUAAUGAUAGUUUCACUGAUAAAAUCUGAACAACCUUUUUCAUGUGAGAAAAACUGUUUACAUUUUGUUGACAUCAAUUGCUGACUUUGAUGAUGAGCUUAGACAAUAAACUAAAUGUGAUGUAAUAAC